AGGGAGAGUGAGACAGAGAGUGCUUGAGAGACCUUGAAAUGGGGAGAGACAAAGACCGAAAUGUAAGAUAAGUCAUGGGAGGGAUAAAAAAAAAAGAGGCAAGGUAGAAAAAGCGAAGAAGGAAGAUAAAUGAAGAACUAGAUAGAGAGAAAGAGGGAGAGAAAGAGAGAGAGAGGGAGAGAGAAAGAGGGAGAGGGGAAAGAGAGAGAGGAGGGAGAUAGAGGAUAUUGGCAAUGGGCGGGAGAGAAUUAGGCGACUCCUGUGCUACUGUGUUUUGCCAGCACAAUCUCUGCUCGUUUUGUCUAAGCAAUACAACUUCACAGGGUACUGAGAAACCAGCAUCUUUGUAUUCUCACACGAUGGACCUUCCAGGUAACUAUCUAUUUCACUUGUAUACAUGAUGUAUUGUUGGUCUCUUUAAGGGGAAUGGUACCCUUACAUCGGGGACAGUGACAUGUUGGCAAUUCCUGACCAGGAAGUUCAUCAAAGGGCUUCUGUUAUUAUUAACUUUACAUGAAGAUUUGUUGCAGGGAUUCAGGUUAGAGAUUGAAGAGAGAAUUGGUUGUUUUUUUUUUUUUUAUUAUUAUUAUUUUUUUUAAGGUGUUGUGUUGAUUUAUUAAUUGUCCGCAUAAUAAUUAUAACAGGCAGCCGAUCUAAGACACCGUAAAUGGCCUUGAGUGAAGUUUAGAAAUGAAAGGUUUUAGGGAACUUUAGAAAACGUGCUGCAUGUCUUAAAUACAGAAUAUGUCUUUCAUACGUCUUAUCGCCGGGGUUUAUUCUUAGAUGUGGGUCAUGUAAUGCUGGAAGUAUUAGCUGACAGAUAGAUACAUAGUUGAAUGUGUUAGACACAGUAUUUGUUUACAUGUGGAAACAUUGCAGUUAUAUGUUUAUCUUCUACUGACUGUAAACCUCUAUCAGUGCCAUAUGGUCGAGCAAAUCUUGUGACUGGGACAUUGCAAGAAAUAUCUGUGGAAUAUUUCCUCAUCCGAUAGAAUGAAGCUAUUUUAGUAUUGAGUGAGCAGGCAGACUGAACUAGAAUGUAAUAAAACAGAUUAUUGAAGAGGCAGUUAAUCGGAAUGAAAUUCACUCAUUAAGUGUUCUGUUGUAAAUGGGCAUUGGCUAGCAUGUCUUUAAGUUACUUCCAUACUUUGAUUACAAUAAUUCUUACACCAUGGAGUUAUUUUCUUUUAAGGUUCAAGUCAACAAGAAAACUGAAGAGUCUUCUCCAGGUAGAAGUCUUCAGAAAGCUAUUAAGGAAAAGCCUGUGCGAGUCCAUCUGCUGGAAUCAGGGCUGCCCCCCCACUCUGAUUCCUGAUUGCUGUAGCAGGAUGCGUCUAGGGAAGAAUGGUACAAGAGACAGAACCAGGGCAGCACCGAGGAUUCUCAAAUGGGAACAGUGCUGGGGCUUCCUGCGACUUGCUAAAGUGGUGUUGUCCGUGAUGCUGAUGUGUGCGCCACCUAGAGUGAGUGCUCAGAAUGACACGGAGCCUAUCGUACUGGAAGGAAAGUGCCUGGUGGUUUGUGAUUCCAAUCCUUCCUCGGAUGGAGCCAUCACCUCAUCCCUGGGUAUCUCAGUGCGCUCUGGAAGUGCCAAAGUGGCAUUCUCAGCUAUUAGGAGCACCAACCACGAACCCUCUGAGAUGAGCAAUCGCACCAUGACUAUUUAUUUCGAUCAGGUAUAUGAUAACAUUUCUCUAUGUGGUUGAACGAAAACCCAUGAUAAGAGUCUUUAUGCAGAGCUACCUGUGUGCACGAACUCGCUGUGCCUAGUAGAACAUCUGGAAACAGACCAGCAAACAACUGGUGUGUCUGUAUAUCUGUAGACAUGUGAGUGUAUGCGUGUUUGCGUGUGCAUGUGUUUUUGUGGCUGUAUAAGUGGCUGGCAUUGUGUGAGUACGGCUGUGUGUGAGUGGCUUUGUGUGUGUUUUUAGCUGUAUAUGUGACUGGACUUCUAUGUCUGUAACUGUGCGUUUGACUGUGCGUGUGUCUGUGUGUUUGGCUGUGUAUGUGGCUUUGUGUGUCUGUGUGUGGCUGUGAAAAAGUCUACUUAACUGGGAGUAAGCCUCGGAGUAAGAAGUCAAGUGCAUGGGAGACAUGAACUCAUGAUAAGUUAGACUCCCAAUUCACACUUAGGAAAAGGUGUUGUAACUUCACCCUAGAUCUGUAUGUAUUCUGUAUCUAGCCCUUCACUUCAAACCUGUCAGCAAUCUGAUAGUAGAACAAUAUGCGAUUUUGGAGAAGGUUAUCUAAAAUGAUUUUGGUUCAUACCUAGAGUGGUGUGGGAGGAAAGAUAGAUUUGCGCAAGUAAAAAAAAGUCACACAUGCAGAUGAUGUCAGAUGCUGAACAUCUGGUACAUAUGCGAUUUAACCCUUUCAGAGUGAAUGAGUCCGAGUUUAUGUUUGCCAAGAUCUACUGGACUUUCUGAUAUUAAACUAUAAAACAAAAAGCAAAGAGAUUUAUUGUAGCAUUAUGUAUUGAUUCCUUUUCCCCAAUUGUAUUAAUGAGCUCAUCCCUCAUUCUAGUAUCUUUCUGGUUUUUAAUAAAACAAUAAUUAAGAGAAUGCGACCAUCAAUCCAUCAGAAUACUUAUUGAUCAUUCUAAACGUUUAACCCAAUGUUUUACUGAUACAUGAUACAUGUUAGCUUAACUGGCAUCUCAGGAUCUGCACACUUGCUGUUAUGUGAACAAACUCCUAAGAAUUGACUUAAAUAUUGAAAGCGACAACAAAAUCCAUAUGCAUGUAUCAUAGCAUGAAAGAGCGGCAGGAAGGUGCUAAAAUUCAACCCCGAUGGAUUUUUGACUCAUUGUCAUUGGCUUAAUGAUGACACAACCUGGGUAUAUGGAGCCUGCGGUUUUAGAUUAAUUAACGUUGAGCUGUGCCAUAUCCAGACAGAUCUCUGCUGUCAGAUCUCUACAAAUGCUUUGAGACUAUGAUAUUCAGGCUUCAAAACUAUAAGACUGGAUUUCUUUUCAGAUAAAAGCUUGCAACCUCUCACUGCUGGAUACAUAUUUAAUACAGAUCAUACAUUUUGAUAAAACCUUAAAUGCUUCUUACAAUGGAAUUUGAACAAUAAACAGUACAUUGUAAUACAUUUAAAUCAGAAUUGUAACAUUUACACACACACACACACACAAAUAAAACAACAAAAUGUCUCCAAAACAGCAAUAUUCACUGCUAGAUUAUUUUAGACUUUAUGUUGCGAUUCUGUGUUUAUGUCACUGUUUAGUAAAUAAAUACAAAAACGUCCAAUUCACUAAACAGCAAACCAUAGACACUUGAGAAGAAAAUUGCAAUAUUUACAUCGAAAAUGAAAGUUUAAUGAACAAGAAAAACGAGUCUUCUAAAUCGGAAACCUUUUUCUUACAAUCCGUUUUUUUGUUUUUUUUGUAAGUUGAUUCUCAAUAAGGUCAAUAAAUGAUUCUGUAUUACUUUUGGGAUAUUAAAAUUAGGUAAUUAAGUAUCCAUAUUAUAUAGAGAACAUUUAAUACACGUACAGUAUAGUGAAACCUCACAGAGAUAAGGUAUAAACGUGUACAGCAAAAUUAACCUUAUUGUGUACACAGACACAUACACAGACACAUACACAGACACAUACACACACACCACUCUGUCAGAGACACACACAUACCAUACACAACAUGAGUCUAUUGAAUAAACUGAAGUUUGGUCAGCCCGUUUGCACAAUGUGGACUAAUUAAGAGUUAAGUCAAGACAUCAACUUUACUGAGAUUGUUGUGCAAUUAAGCACUUUUUGCCUAAAAUCUCCACCUCAUUUACCAACACGAUGUUUAAACUUUAUUAGAAUCUAUUCAUCAAACUCCGAGUUGUGUGGAAUGAGAUCCGACCACAGUUUGAGGAAACUUAACAAAAAGCUCAUUUUAUUAAACUAUAGGAGAUUUUUUUUCCCACCAAUUAAGCUAAAUGUUCUUAAUUUUGCUUACAGGUUUUUAAAUGACCCAAAUUCGCUUAGUGAAUAGGCAGGAUGGAAACAUUUCAAAUGAUCUGGUCUUUUGUUUUAACCCAUUCUUCACCCAACCAGUUAAAACAUUUUUUUUUAAAAUAAAUAUAGUUUACACUAAUUUACAUAAUUUUUGAAGAACGUUUAUUUCAACAAUUGCAGAAGUAUUCUACCAAUUUUGCAGUGAAUUUGUAGCUUUAGAAGCUCAUUAAACACGAUUAGAGUGCUUCCGUUAGAGAAAGCCAUACGUUAUCUUAAAAGCUUGCACUCAAAUCCACCUCUGCUGAUCAAUAGCUAACUUGUAUACGGUUAAUAAUCUUAACUGUACAUAAGUACUAAAUCAAUUUAAGCAUUAUAAACUUCAUUGAGUAAAAUUGUUUUUGUACGUCCAAUAAACGUACUGCUAAUUCAUCAUGAUAUCCAUUUUUAGACAAUAGGUGCUUGAUAUUUAUGUAUGUGUCUAUUCUUUUUUUUUUUUUAGGUCUUAGUAAACAUUGGAAAUCACUUUGACCUUGCAUCCAGUGCAUUUGUAGCCCCCAGAAAAGGGAUAUACAGUUUCAGUUUCCACGUGGUUAAAGUGUACAACAGACAGACUAUCCAGGUGAGUUGGAACAAAAAUACCAUUAAUGCAAUUCUUUUCUAAGGAUCAGAUCAUUAGAUGAGACUAUAACUUGAUUGACACUUCAUACAGUCAUAAUGUUCAAUCUGGCAUUGCGACAGAACCUGGUGGAGUACAAAAUAUAAUUGUAACCACAUCUCAAUUUAGACACCGACUCACGAUGUACAUUAAUAAUGAGUUCUAUAACAUUUCUUUCUCUUACAGGUAAGUCUAAUGCAAAAUAACUACCCGGUGAUUUCAGCCUUUGCUGGAGAUCAGGAUGUUACAAGGGAAGCAGCCAGCAAUGGUGUCCUUCUGCACAUGGAGAGAGCUGAUAAAGUCCACCUAAGACUGGAGAGGGGCAACCUCAUGGGUGGGUGGAAGUAUUCAACCUUUUCUGGCUUUUUAGUUUUUCCACUAUAAAGAGGAGAUGGAGGGGUCAAGUUCUGGAGAAGUAGCAAAAAGGAUUCAGCUGUCAAUGUAGCCAUUAACCUGGUGGGACAAGAUUUUAUUCUCCAACCAUCCCUCCCAGAGUGUCUCUGUAGAAGAAUGAAUUAUCUUCUAGGUAAAAUAUUUUCUUUGAUAUCGACAUUUCCUUGGGAAAACUGCGCCUCUAAUUAGUUUUAGACGACAGUGAUCUUUAGGAUAAAUGAAAUUAUCGACCUGAGCAAUUUGUACCCGUGAUUGUAAAGUCAAUAUCGGAAUUUAUUGUUGGGAUCAUUGACUUUUUUUUGUUGUUGUUCUGAGACAAAUACUCGGACCACACAGGUGAUGUCAAGAAACACAAACAGAAGAUCAAAAAAAAAAAAGAUAUCAAAAAUUAAUAAUAAUAAUUCUGAAUAAGUGUUCUCGCAAUGCUUUCUUUAGUGUCUGUAUAGCCUUAAGAAAAGAAUGGCUUCAGUCUCAGUAAUGUAUAAUUUUGGGGGAUUUCUGGACAUGACUGUGUCAAGAAGUGCUUUAUACACAGAAGCAAAUUUUGCACGAUUGGAAUUGACCUAUUUCGUUUUGUGUUGUUGAUGUAUUUCUUGAUAUUUGCUUUCAGGGUACUGAAAAUGUACAUUAGGUUGACCAAUACGAUAAAUGAUAUCGCUGUAAAUCAAAGUAAAAGCUUCUAAAUGUCUUUUCUUUGAAAUGUGUUUGCAUUAGUGCAUAUACUUCCAUUAACAAUCAAGUUUAGGGAUGGACGAUACCAAGAUGAAAAUACUAGUCAUAUGGGAAAGGCAUAUGCAGAGACCACAAUCUUUCACUGAAGGUUAAAGAUGGACCAUACCAAGUUGAAUUUUCUGUAUGGGAGAGAAUAACACGGGAAGGCAGAUUUUUGGAGACAACUGCCUAUCAUAUGCUUAUUGCCUCUCUUUUAGUUCACCAUCUGUAACCAGAUGCUCAUAUUCAAUUUUUCAGUAACUGUGGGGAAUAUAUGUGAGACUACACCUCAAAGCACUUUUCUUUUAUUUUACUAAAUUCAAAUAAAAUAUUUGAUAUUCUUAUACACCAUAUUAUGUUAAAGAAAUGGCAUAACUGGUGUAUUAAGCAUAUUUUUGGCGACAUUAAUGUUUUUACCUUAGGCUCUAAAUUAUCAAUGUAAGCAGACAAUACAUUAAGCAGUAAGACCACACAUAAAUGGGUUCACCACUAGGGGGAAGUGCAGAAGCUGAUUUAAAGGUGGUAAAAGUCAUCUGACUGUGGUAUGUUUGCUUUCUGCGAUGUGUGAGGCAUUGGAUGGUAUAUUCCCAAAAGUAUUGAAAGUCAGGGCUUUUGUUCGGAGAUGAAAUGUGUUCUAUGGUUCUCCAGAAGAGAGAGACUAUAUUCAAAAGCAUAAAGGAUGUAAAUAAAUAAAUAAUGUUUUCUGUAACAUAGAGGAUUCUUAUAAAAAAAAACCUUUCUCAUUUUUUUUCAUUUUCAAUUCCUCAGUGUCUAAAACAAAAAAUAUAAAUGAACUGAAAUUGUAGGUUUCUAAGUUUUAAUCUGAUUAAAAAUAAGCUAUUUUAUAAAGCUAUAUUACACAGAUGUGGUCUGGACAAGGAAGCACAAAGAAUUUCAAUAUUCAGCAAUUAAAAUAAUUUGCAUACUUAAAAAAAGUUAAAAACAAGUCACAAAGGUAUGUCAAUAACAGUAUCCUUGUAACAAUGACCUUCUUAGAUGAAAUUUCCUUCCAUAUUAAGAAUAGAUGGAUUAGGGAGCUUCUAAGUCUUUCUUACUGGUUCUUUCUUUAUCUCAGAACAACUGUGUUUAUAAUGUGCUUCACAACCAUAUGUUUGGCAUUUUUGUGAUAUUUAUCAGUGGGUACCUUAAUUCAUAUUUAUAUUGCAGGAAACCAAUGUUUGUAUUUGACAGUUUCUCUGAUUAGUAUAAUAUACAUUCAUACACACACACACACACACACACACACACACACACACACACAUAUUUAUUAAUAUAUAUAUAUGUAUAUAUAUAUAUACACACACACACACACACACACACACACACACACACACACACACACAUACAUACAUGCAUACACAAACACAUACACACAAUAUUUUGCCAUUAAGUAUUACAGGUUUCAUAGCUUUCGGUUUUUCAAAAUCUUGUUAGGAAUUAGCACUGGAUUUAUGAAAUAAAAUAAGAGAUGUAAUUAAACUUGGUCCCCUUAAAGCAAAUUGUGUGUACAUCAAAUGGUCAAAUGGUGUUCCACACAGAAUAUACAAUUCACCUAUACAUUACUAGAUCACAAUAUACAUUUUAUCCAGAUAAUUGUUUUGAGUAUGCUAUUAAUUGAUAGUAUGUUGCUACCAGAAAAGGGAUUGGAAAUUUAACAUUGAGGUGUCAAUCUCAAUGCAGCAAUAAUUUUUCAACCAUGGGGUGAAGUGACUUUAUUAAGACAUCAAUAAAUAUUGUGUGCCACUUAUUCCUGAAGUAUAUUGCAGUUUUACUUCCAUUUUGACACUUCACCUUGAGUAAAUUUAAUGUACUUGUUUGUCUUAGUUUUACACUAGCUUUGCAGCUGAGGCAAUGCACUUAUUUUCAUUAUAUUUCGCAAGCCAUUCUUUUGAGUUAUUCCAGUGUCUUCUCUGUUAUAUGUUUUUUGUUGGUUUUAUUUUUUUUCUUGUUUUUGUGUUGUGAUGGAUAUACUAUUUGCUUGUUAUAGGUUAUAUAGUCUGUAUAACAAGGUAUGACCAACACACUAAAAGUAUUUAAAAAUUAAUUAAUUCAUGAUAUACAAUUCAUAGGUUCACAUAUAUUUAAACGUUGUCACAUAAAUAAUAUUAAAAAAGGAGUGUAGAGAGAAUAUAUUUUUUCAUUUAGUUAG